AUGGAGGAGUUCGCCGCCUUCCUCGAAUCUAUCCGCCCUCGCCUCGAGUUGGCCGACGCGAUCUACCUUAUGAUCUUCGACUUGCUCGCACCCAAGGAAGAAGAUAUCCAGUCUAAGGAGUUUAUCAAGCUUGCUCGAAUUAUCAUCUGCGAACAACCGGAGGUUAGUAUCAGCUGGUACGUUGCUACUAAACUGAUGCUUCACAAAUUGGAGAAAGAGAUAUUGCACCUAUCCUACUGUAUCAACUGCCAGAUUGGGUCUGUCAAUAUGGCUUACAAUGAGUUUGAUGAUAUUUUCGAAAGUAUCAUCCAAAUUUUCUUAUUGAAUGACCUCAAGCUGGAAAGGGGGAUAGAGGCUUAUGGGGCUGUCAUGCCUUCAUCUCUAGCCAUCAGCGCGAUGGAAGUUGCCCCAGACCGAGCUCAAGCAGAUGACCUGCCAUCAUCUAAACAAAUUACUAUCACAAACGUAAAAGUAUUUUCCAACACCUCGCGCCUCAAAUGCUGGAAAACCGAUAUCCGGCUUGUCUGA